GCAGAGUGAGCAGAGCAGGGAGAGUGAAUCACAGCUCAGGAGCCAAUAAAACGUUCAUUGAAGCACAGACGCGGCACACUGCUGAACUCUACAAAGAGGCAGGAAGAGAGACAGACUUGGGCUUGUGCAAGUACCAGUAGCACCAUGAGGGAAAUAGUUCACAUCCAGGCUGGUCAAUGUGGAAACCAAAUUGGAACAAAGUUUUGGGAGGUGAUCAGCGACGAGCACGGCAUUGAUCCCUCGGGCGGCUACGUCGGGGACUCGCCGCUGCAGCUGGAGAGGAUCAACGUCUACUACAAUGAAUCAUCCUCUCAAAAGUAUGUCCCCAGAGCAAUCUUGGUGGAUUUGGAACCAGGAACCAUGGAUAGUGUACGAUCGGGCCCUUUUGGACAACUCUUUAGGCCUGACAAUUUCAUCUUUGGGCAAACUGGUGCUGGAAAUAACUGGGCCAAAGGACACUAUACAGAAGGAGCAGAGCUAGUAGAUUCAGUUCUUGAUAUAGUAAGGAAAGAAUGUGAACACUGUGAUUGCUUGCAAGGAUUUCAGCUCACUCAUUCUCUUGGAGGAGGAACAGGUUCUGGGAUGGGGACUCUGCUGAUCAGCAAAAUCCGAGAGGAAUAUCCUGAUAGGAUAAUGAAUACCUUUAGUGUCAUGCCGUCUCCUAAAGUCUCUGACACUGUGGUGGAACCAUAUAAUGCCACACUUUCAGUCCAUCAACUAGUUGAAAACACAGAUGAAACUUACUGUAUUGAUAACGAGGCACUGUAUGAUAUUUGCUUCCGCACCCUGAAGCUUACAACCCCAACAUACGGAGAUUUGAACCACCUGGUGUCUGCCACAAUGAGUGGGGUAACUACAUCACUACGCUUUCCAGGCCAGCUAAAUGCAGAUCUUCGUAAGCUAGCGGUAAAUAUGGUUCCUUUCCCACGUCUACACUUUUUUAUGCCAGGAUUUGCCCCUUUGACAGCUAGAGGAAGCCAGCAAUACCGAGCCCUCACUGUUCCAGAGCUCACACAACAGAUGUUUGAUGCCAAAAACAUGAUGGCAGCUUGUGAUCCAAGACAUGGACGAUAUCUGACAGUUGCUACAGUCUUCCGAGGCCCUAUGUCCAUGAAAGAGGUUGAUGAGCAGAUGUUGGCCAUACAAAACAAGAAUAGCAGCUACUUUGUGGAAUGGAUCCCAAAUAAUGUAAAAGUGGCAGUUUGUGAUAUAGCACCCCGUGGCCUCAAGAUGGCUUCUACCUUCAUUGGUAACAGCACAGCUAUUCAAGAGCUCUUCAAAAGAAUCUCUGAGCAAUUCUCUGCCAUGUUCCGGAGAAAAGCUUUUCUUCACUGGUUUACAGGAGAAGGAAUGGAUGAGAUGGAAUUUACAGAAGCAGAAAGCAACAUGAAUGACCUGGUGUCAGAAUACCAGCAGUACCAAGAAGCUACUGCAAAUGACGGGGAAGAAACAUUUGAAGAUGAUGAAGAAGAAAUUAAUGAAUAGUCUUUCAUCCAAUCCCAACAUUCCCAAGUCCAGUUCUGCCUUUUUCCAUGACAGUAAAUAUAUAGAGCUUAUCUUAUCUUUCAAAGCUUUAAUACCUUUUCGGCCUCUAUUUAUUGACUUUGGGAUGGAUGUGACUGUUCCUUACUAGAUGGUAACCUAAGAUUCUGCUCUGGUUGAUCCAGUAAUUUAUUCUCUUGGGGAGAGAACUUUGGCUUAUUGUCAAUGCAGAUAUCACUAGAUGUGUUCAAACAAAUAAUUUCACCUGUGUCCGAGGACUGAAUGGACAGCAAAAAUGAAUUAGAAAUAGGGCUAUUGUGGCUUUUCCUCAAACUGUGAACCAGAA